GGCGGAGGGGCGGUCGCGGGCGGCCGAGCCGCUCGGGGCCCGGCAGCGCUGCCCAUGGGGGAGAGCGGGGUGCCCCCUCAGGUCCAGCUCUUCCUCCGCGCCUGCGAGCAGGGCGACUGCGAGACCGCCCGACGCCUCCUGGGGCUGCCCGGCGGCGGCGGCGACUCCGCGGCCCCCUCCUCCUCGUCGUGCGGCCCCGAGGAGACGGCGACGGAGCCCCGCGGCGAAGGGUCGUCCCCGCCGAGCCCCGCAGUGCCCGUGGACUGCACGGACGAGGCCGGCAACACGGGGCUGCAGUUCGCCGCGGCCGGGGGGCACGAGCAGCUGGUGCGGUUCCUGCUGCGGAAGGGCGCCUCGGUGCAGAGCAGGAACCACUACGGAUGGAGCCCCCUCAUGCAAGCGGCCAGGUUUGGACAUCUAAGCGUGGCCCACAUCUUGCUGGAGAAUGGUGCUGAUCUCAAUGCACAGAACAAGUUAGGAGCCAGUGUCCUCACAAUGGCCUCCAGAGGCGGUCAUGUCAGCAUGGUGAAAUUGUUGCUGGAAUCUGGAGCUUUUGUGGACAAUUACGACCAUUUUAGCACAAAUGUACUUAACAGCAGCAGAGAUGACCUUCCUGAUAUCACUCCGCUGAUGGCAGCUGCUCAGCAUGGACAUGAGGCAGUGGUGCAUCUGUUGCUAGACUGGGGAGCUGAUUGUAACUACACUAUAAAGACAAUGGGCUGGAGCCCUUUAAUGCUGGCAGCUGUUAGUGGCAAGGUGAGCAUGGCACAGCAGCUCGUGGAGAAAGGUGCCAACCCUGAUCACUUGAAUGUACUACAUAAAACACCUUUUGAAAUCUCUGUUGGCUUCAAACACAAAGACAUGAAGGACUAUUUGGAAUCUCUCACCACUAUUAGGCCUCAGGCAGAUGCAGAAAAGAGGCAACCUGAUGUCUUUCAUGCUUUAAAAAUGGGAAACUUUCAGCUGGUUAAAGACAUCAUUGAUGAAGAUGUGAGUCAGGUUAAUGUUACCACUGUUGAUGGUGCAUCUCCUUUAAUGAUUGCGGCUGUAACUGGACAGCUGCCCCUUGUUCAGUUCCUCGUUGAGAAAAAGGCUGAUAUUGAUAAGCAGGAUAAUGUUCAUGGCUGGACAGCACUAAUGCAGGCCACGUACCAUGGAAACAAAAAUGUUGUAAAGUAUCUGUUAAAUCAAGGAGCUGAUGUUAACCUUCGUGCGAAAAAUGGAUACACAGCUUUUGACCUGAUAAUGCUGCUGAAUGAUCCAGAUACAGAGCUUGUAAGGUUACUGGCAUCAGCAUGCAUGCAAGUAGAUAAAGACAAGAAUAAAGUGAACAACAGGUCAUCUCUGCCUCGUUCCAGAAGUAGGCAAUCCUUAAAUGUCCCGAUCUUGCCAGAUGACAAAGGAGGCCUAAAGUCCUGGUGGAGCAGGAUGUCCAAUCGAUUCCGCAAGCUGAAGUUGACUCAGACAUUGCGCCAUGGAUUUCCUUCUAAUCAGUUUGUGCCUUUCCCGGAUGAGACUGAACCAUCAUUAAAUUCCACUAUAAAAGUAGCCUCACAGAGUGAUACAGACAUCUCUGGAAGCCUUGAUGCUGCUCCAGCUUGGAACACAAAUAACAAAGCUAGUGGUGCAAACACUGUGAAAGGAGAAAAGGACGAUGAAUUAUUGAAAACUAUGCUGAGGAGCAGUGCUCCCUUUACCAGGCUGCCCAGUGAUAAGCUGAAAGCAGUGAUCCCACCUUUCUUACCACCCUCAAGCUUUGAGCUUUGGAAUUCUGACCGAACCCGACUCAGCAAGGAUGGCAAAGCUGAACAGAUGAGAACUGCCUGGCCACAGAAAGCAGUCAAGCACGAUUUUAACAGCAGUGGAAACUCUGAUAUAACAUCUGUUAGCAAAGGUACUAGACCAGUCAAAUUGCCAACAUUUGCAAGAAGGCCAGCAUCUCCUUCAAAUUCCAAUAACUUCAACCAUUCUCCCCAUUCUUCUGGUGGAUCUAAUAACAUUGCAGGAAUUAACAGGCAUGGAGGAGAACUGCAUAACAGAUCAGGUGGCAGUGCAGAUAAUGUUUUGUCUCAGAUUGCAGCCCAAAGAAGAAAAGCAGCAGGCUUACCUGAACAGAAGCCCAGCCAACAGCACAGUCCAGUCCAGUCAACUCCUUCAUCUACUGUGUCGGAUCUGCAGUGUGCUCAGGUUGUGGGCAAUGGAAAUGUUGUAAAGCAAAAACUGGAGAUGAACAAAAGACCUCCAUCUGGGACUUCAUCUACAUCUAAAAGCACAUCACCAACUCUCACACCUUCUCCAUCACCUUCCCCAUCUCCAAAGGUCCAAAAUGCAGAGUCCUCUGUCUCUUCUUCUCACAGACACGCCAAGAGCAAUGGCUCCAGCAGUGGUACUAUUACAGAGGAUGGCAACCAUUUGGUGGACCAUCAACAACUUGGCCCUAUUCUGAGAGCCAGUGAUGUAGAGAAUUAUGAAAGACGAAACCAUGUGAGAGUAAAAGAGGGCUCUGAAAACCUGGAAAAAGAUGAGCUGACUGGCAUCCUUAAAAAACUGUCGCUUGAGAAAUAUCAGCCUAUAUUUGAGGAACAGGAGGUGGAUAUGGAAGCUUUCCUCACACUUACUGAUGGUGAUUUGAAAGAGUUGGGUAUUAAAACAGAUGGAUCAAGGCAGCAAAUUUUGGCAGCUAUUUCUGAACUGAAUGCAGGAAAGGGUCGAGAGAGACAGAUUUUACAAGAAACUAUACACAACUUCCACUCUUCCUUUGAGAGUAGUGUUAGUAACACACGACCACCAGGUCAUUCCCAAUGUAUUACUAGGUGAGCAGAAGCUGUUUGGGAUUUGAUUACCUGAUGCAAAGAACUGGAAUUACUCAAGAACCAAUUAAGCAUAGAGGUGUAAUGUAUCUCCAAGCAACUUGCUGACCUUAAGUGUCUUGAAGACAUCAAAGGACAAGAAUGGUGGAUCACAGCUGAGGAGAACAUCCUUUUGUAAGAAUGAAGGCAACAGUUGCUCUGGUUGAGCUUUUGACAAGAGGCUGCAAGAAGGCUGCCAUAAGAGAUCUGGCUUUUGGGUUUUUGUGUAUGAGAGCUCCAUGAUACAGAUUUGGCUGUGAAACAGAAUCAGAAGCACUAACAGAGAAGAGGAAGACAACAUGUAGCUAAAAGAAGUUUCUGCACCAGGUAAGCUGCUUUUUAUUGUAAAAAGUAGCAGUGGAAUCCUUAUGCAGUCUCUGGAACUUGAAGUAAUUUCCAGGAAUGUGUAAUAGUUUAGAACAUAAGAGCAGCUGUACCAAGUCAGAUCCAAGGUCCAUACAAUUGUGUUGAGUUUUUUCAUCCAGUCUCAUCUGACACUGAUUUGAAGAGCUACUUGCUUUCAUUUGCUGUGAACUUGCCAUGUCCUGACUUCUUUUGCUUCAUCAUACUGGAUCAGAAGAUACAGUGAGCAAUUGUUUCCUCUUCACUGCCUCCAUGCCAAUGAUGAUUUUAGAGAUCACUGUGAUAUCCUUCUUCAUUCAUGGUUUUUUCGAGGGGAAGGCUUAUAGGCUGCUUUGUCAUUCCCUGUACCAUAGAUUUUCUAGCCUCUUUUCCUUUUCUGCUGUUAUCUUUUCAGACCUGGGAGAUACCAGCCUAGCAUACAGUGUUAAACAUGUAGGCAUAUUACGGAUUUACACGACAGACAGAUGUUUGUUUUUCAGUUGUGUUCUCUGCUAUCCAUUCUCUUGCUCUUUCCUAGUUACUUCUGGUACUUUGAUGUGUUGGCUAUCAUUGAAGACUGAAUUGGUAAUAAUUCAAAUUUCCUCUUACAACCCAGCUGAUCUACUGAGUUUGAGCUCACAACCUAUAGUUUUAUAUAAACACACAUACAUCAUCUUUUUCAUUUGCCUUACUUCAUAUUACUUAUCUUCGUAUUACUUUAUCUUCAACAAAUUUUGUCACUAUCUUAUUGUUUAGGCACAGAUGUCAUAUGAAGUCUUUUUGCCAGUCUUCUGUUUACCUUUCUUUUUACUUACAUGCAUAACUUUGGAAAGUUUUCCCCUUCACUCUCUGUGCCCUUUCAAAAUCAUAUAUUGAAUAUACUGUUCAUAUCCUGAAUAUCCUCAUGCAGAUGCCUGUGAAAUAGUAGUGAUGAAUGUCUCCACUAUGGAAAAAAUCAUUAUUUACUGCAAACUUCUGUCCUCUGCCUCCCUAAGAGUUUAUUUAUCUACACAAGAAAUUUUAUUUUUACCCUCUGGGUUCCUUAUUAUCUUAAGGGCUAACCUUGAACCUUGUGAAAUGCCUUGUCAAAAUCCAAGCAUCAAAUGGACCUCUUUAAUCUACAAGACUGUUGGCACCUUCGAGGAAUUCUAGUAGGUUGGUGAGGCAAGACUUCAAAAAUCCCUUCUUGAUUGUUUCCAACAAAAUUUCAGAUUGUUACAGGCUUUACUACUCUGGUUGGUAUUACUGUCCAUCUCACUGGUCUCUGUUUCCCUACAUUUCCUGUUGAACCAUUAAAAAGAUUUGCAUCGCUGUUAUCACAUCUCAGCUAUGUGGCAAUUUAAACAACAACCUGUGUUCUGUACACAGCAGUUCAGCUGCCUAGUCCUGCUUCUUCCAUGCCUUAGAAAUUUGCUAUUACUUGCUUUGUGUAUUUGUUUCAUAUUCUUUUUUGCUAGUACUUCAGGUUAAGCUGUCUUGGACUCCCACAUAAAAGUUUCUGAAAUGGAAUCCUUCCACCCCACCUCAUGCCAGGGACACUAGGUUGGGCUGUGUGAAUUCCUUGCUCCAGUCCUCGCCUGACCUGCAUAAGGCAGAGAGUGAUUCAGAGGUUACUGGACAUUACAGUAAAUGAUUCAGAGGUUACUGGACGCCCAAGCCAUUAGGUUUGGAAGCACCAUGAAUUCUGAAGAGGCAAACAGUACUUGCAUGGGGAAUGUUGCCUCCAUCUCUUUUUUCAAUGGAAAUUAGUUGUCAUUUUUAGAAAAUACUGAUAAAAUUAUUCAUUCCAAGAGUGAAGGUUUUAGCGGGUUUUGACACUUUGCUGGUUUGACUACUAUUGCGUCUUGGAAAAUUGACAAUGCACUCUGGCCAUGAUAAGAGAAACUACUAGGAACAUACUGCUUCUGUAUAGCCUAGUGAAUGUGUCCAGCAAACACAGAAUUACUGUUCUGCUUUGCCAUUUAGAGCAGAUAACCAGCCCAUGGAGGCAUGAGGCUCUGAAGAACAAAAUCCUUUGUCUGGAUUCCAACUUCAGUGAAACAGCAAGUGGCAGCAUGAAGUCCAGCUUUCUGAGAGAAUGGGAUUUAACAAAUAAUAUUAUCCCAGGAGGAUUUUCUGUUUGUGGUUUGAGGUGACCUUACAGGAUUCUGGUAAAAAAAGAAAACUGGACUUUCUGAAUGCCUAGUUGCCAGGACUAAUUAUUUAGUUUAUUUUUGGGAGCUGUGUUAAGAUUGAUGCUCCCAUUAACUGAGUGCAGUCAGGAGGUUGAGCAGAUCUGACAGUGGUCAGCAGGUUAAUUGAAACAAAUGACACCAAAGAAGACAGAGUUGCAUUUCAACACAAGCUUGCCAAAUCGGAAAUGAAAAGCUGAAAAAAGGUCAUGUGAAUUCAUAUGAAAAAAAAAAAAAGGAGGAUGGGGGAGGAGAAAAGCAACUGAAAUAAUUUCCUUCAGAAGAGUAGACAUAAAAUCCUAUGUGUUAGUUAUUGUAGUUAUAAUAAAUGUGCAAGGAAGUGUUACAUGUUAAAUCCUCUGAUAAAAAAGGGAAACACUUCAUGAAAGUUCCCUUUCCCAUUUAUGGCUUGCAACAGAAUUUGCCAUUUUUACAAAAAUGACAUGAAAAAUGCGAGAGAGCAUCCAAGGUUUAUACUCAGAAGGACACAAUCUUUUUCUGCUAGGAUAUUUCUUAAACUCAUUAUGAAAAAUCCCAUUAAUAUUGGUUGGAGGUAAAGCUAACUACCAGUUAAGUUAGUUUGCCUUUUAAUGCCAAGUUCAUUGGAAUUUCUGAAAGAGAAAGAUCAGCCUUGUCAUUUAGUACAGGCAUCCAGCUGCUCUCCCCCAUCUGAACAACACUUCUGAUAGGUGGGAAGAAAAGAGAAAAUCCAAACAUCUGGUAGAGGCAAUGAGCAAAGGCAGGAGAAUAAACUGAAUAUUCUCCAGACAAAAGUUUAAAUGAAGAGUAGUUAUACCUAUGAUGAAGAAAGAAUACGAUGCCAUGCAGUCUGUAGUUAGUGGAAAUUCUCAUCCUCCAGUUUCUUUUCACAUACUAUAGUAUGUUAUAUGUAUCUAUAGAUACAUAUGUAUCUGCAGAUACAGAAUUGUUUGUGUAUUUGCUUUUCAUUUUUGGAUUCAGACUCAAAAAUAUCCAGUGGAAAUUAUCCAGCAGAGGGAGAGAUUGAAGAGAGAGAAGUAAAAAUAGGAGCAAAAUCAAUACAGACUUGCAUAUAAAAAUCAUACAGGAUUCAGAUAAGCACUUACUGGAAAGGUGCACAUCGAGAAAAGAGGGAUACUCCAAACUUUGUGGCAGUAGGUGACUUUUUCACAUGAGUUUGACUUUUUAUACCUUCUCCUUGAAGGAGAUGGCUUAAGAUGAGCAAAACGAAUUACAGGAUCAAACUGUUAGAUACUGGUAUAAAACGUACAUUGGCAAAUGUGGGCCUGUUUCCAGUAAUAGUGGAAUUACUCUCUUGUUUACAGUUGUGAGUCUUGCUGAUUACAGUUUUUCAGACUUCUUUUUUUUCCCCUCUUACAGCUCCUGGCUGCUCUUUAAAACCACAAGAAGCUGUUUCUUCUAAGAGGUAGCUACUGGAACAAAAGUGGUUUUUAUUUUUUAUGGUGAAGCUUGGCAUCUGACUAAGUAAAUCCAUAAAAAUGAAAAUUUGAAAAGUUAGUCCUGACUACACUGACAUAGGAUUUUCUGCAGUAACGUGCUUAAAAUACAAAACCCACAGAAAGGCAGAGAAAAUACUAAAGAGAUUGCCCAUAUAGUUCAGCCUAAGUGUUGAAUUGUUCAAGGCAUCAGUGGUCUGAAUUUAAGAAGAGCAAAGUCAGAAGAGCAGGAAGAAUGGGUGAACGUGCAAGAAGAUGGAUGUUUCAUUAAACUCUUGCCCACAGAUGAAGACCCACAGGAGACCUACAUGGGCACAAGUCAAGAGGAACCAAAAGCAUGGAAGAAGGCAAGAAGGACACCUCAAAUUGUGACCCCUGCUACAUGGGGAAAUACAUAAGCUGAAUAUGCCUCUUUUGAUUGGAUACAGAUAAAGUAGUCUAGAUUGAAAAUGUAAUGAUUUCAUGGGAAGAAAUAAAAAGGAGAAGUAACGCUGCAUUCUUCAAUAACCAAAAUAUAUUUUAUCUAUUCAAUAUUAUGAGGUUAGAGCAGCAGUAAAAAUAAAAACAAAAUACCUAUUUGUAAAAACAGCACUUUAUUUGAGUAAAUGCAUAAUCUGUCACCAAUAUUUAAACAGAAAGAAUGUUAAAAUAUUUUAUAUUGCUGACUAAUUUUUUGAGAGUAAAACCAUUUACAUGAUAUUGGCUGGGGUUUUUUGAAUAGUAACACUAGCAUAUCCUUAAAGAUACAUUUUUAUAAUUUGAUUUUGUAGCAGUUUUGAAAUGAAAGUUACAGUAAUUAGAAGUAGAAAUAAUUUUCUGCUUAGUAAAUAUCAUUUUUGUUAAGCAGUUAAAAUGCAAAUCAUCAGGAAUUAAAAUAAAAUUCAUCAGAAGCCUCUGACACUAUAUUUAUCUUUCUGAAGACUCAAGUACCGCAGGUAAGGGCAAGAAGAUCUCAGAGCUCCAAUUACCUGAGUGCUCUCAGUAUAUAACUAAAGAUUUUACAUUUCUCCAUGCUCCUGAGACCUCAUGGCUGCUUUUUAUGCCUUUGAGAGGAGGUAAAUUUGAGACAAAGUCCUGUAUUGUGUGUCUGUGUGUCAGGGCUGGCACGGGCAGCUCUUUAAACUCUGCUGUAGGCAGCGGAGAUUUGGUGGGUACCAUCACCAGGGCCUCAAACACCAGUAUCUCACUGGGCUGGACCAGAAUUUGAUUCAGUUGUUCAGACCUCCACUGGCAUUUGCCAGGCCCUAAGGCAUCCAAAGCACCCAGAAGGGAUGCCAGACAUGACACUAUAUGAGGGUUAUGAUCAGGUUAUUCAUUGCAGCCACUUGGACAAAGAGACCAUUCAGAGAUGGAGACUGUAAUUUCAUUGACUUGUCCUGAUUUGUCACAGACUUUGAGAGGUGAAAGCUUUUUUUUUUAUUCCUGUUUACUGUUCAUUUUCUGUGUCCUCCUUUUCAGUUUAAAUGAAAAUCUUUGUUGGCAAACUUUGCUUACCUCAUAAUGAAAAGUGAUACUUUCUGGGUUUUACCAAAGAAGAAAAUCCUACAAAAACUAGUUCUUAUUAUGAUUCAGUCUAGUGCUACAGGCUUGACCAAUCUGGAGUUAUUAACCUAAGAUUUUGCUGAGGAGUACUGUUAUUUUACAAGAAGCUUUUAUAAGUUUCUUUCAAUGUAAUUUUCUUUUUCUGUACUUUGAGCAUUAAUGAAGAUCUGAUUUUAAAUAAAGAUACUGUUAUCUGGAAAUUA